AUGACGCUCCGACUCUCUGGAAAGAGAGAGGGAGGGAGGGAAGGUGGGGGCUGCUCAGGUGCGCCCUGCUCAGGUGUGUGCCUCCUCCUUCCUCUCUCCCUCCUUUCCUCCGCAGGUGAGGCCAUCUUGUGCUACAACUGCACCAGCCCCACCGGCUACAACUGCAGCACCGCCCAGCAGACCUGCCCUUCCUCGGUCAACAGCUGCAUCACCAUCGCCCGCAUGGAGCAUGCAGGGGACCAGGACUUUGAAAACCCAACCUAUGAGAAGAAGUGCAAUUCAGAUGACCGCCUCUGCAACCAGUUCUAUGGGCUGCAGGCCGGCGAUUUCCACAUGCGCUGGAACUCCAGCUGCUGCCGCUUUGACCGUUGCAACUCCCAGGAAGUCAUUGUGCAAAGAGCAUCCCAGAGGCCCAACGGGGUCCGCUGCAGCUCCUGUUUUUCUCGGGGCACGAACUUCUGCUCAAACCAGACACGCGUCGCCUGCACUGGGCUCCUGACGCACUGCAUCCACUUCUCCACCUCUGCAAUGAAAGAAGAAUUUGAGGAUGAGCAGGUCACCUUCAUGGGAUGCGCCACCAAGAACUUUUGCGACAUGGGAGCUGUGGCCCUCUUCGCCUCCAGCCGGAACGUGGUGGUCAAGGACAACGUGUGCAGCCGAGGGCCGGGCCCCUUGACCCCGAGUGGUGGGGCCCUCUCCCUGCUGACCGUGCUGCUGCUGUCCCUCUGGGAUCUCUAG